UUGAGGCGAGUAGAACUGCGUAAAGUGAAUGUAAAGAAUAUUUUUUGUAAUUUUUAUUAGAACGUUGGACUGUUAGUGGUGUUAAGCGAAGAAAAGUGAGGAGAUCCAUGUGAAAAAGUGUGUAAAAUAAAACAAGAAAAAAUGUCAGUAAAUUUAAAAUAAUGAAUUUACAUAGUGACUUUAUUUCUAUAAAAUAAAAACAAAAACAAAAACAGCAGUACCAUAUCCUUAUAAGUGGGCAGGAUAGCGCCUAGCAUCACAUACAUAUACACACCAAUAUCCUCCGCCUUUAGACUUUCGCUGCCGCAUUGUUAAUGCCGCCGCCAUUUGUCGUUCCUUCACCUGCAACGGUUCCAUGCGUACACAUGUAUAAGUACAUACACACAUGAGCACUCGUAUGUAGGUGCGAUUGACGCAAAUUGUUGCGGUCGGCUAUUUCUAUUCAUUGUUGUGCAAUUUCUCUCUGAAAUAACGCUCAGUGAAAUAUCGGUUGCCGCCGUCGUCGCUUUUGCAGAGUUCGGUUUGCCCUCUGUCACCUGCUGACUAUGAAAUGAGGAAAUCUUCCUACAGUUAAUUGUGUCACUAAUACUGGCAGUGUCUUAUAAUUGCAUUCAAACGAAAAUAGUGUACUACAAUCAGUGUGGGCAAAAAUAGCAGAAGUGAAUUGAAUAUAUGAAAAGUAAAAAACACUAACCGAGAGACGCCACAACGGUGGUUCAAGGAGAAAGAGAUGAGAAGGGGAGAAUGUAUGCUUAAAAAAGCUUUAAUUAGCAGUGGCAGAGGUGUCUCAUGCGCGAUUUCUGGUUAAGAAUGAAGGACUGUGAAAUCACCCAAUUAUGUGUUGAUAAAAUAAGUAAACGUUUUUAACGAGAAUGAAUAUAAAACGAAACUCUUAGUGUUUGAUGUCAACAAGCAACUAAACAGCGCUGCAAGAGUGGAACGUUUAUUUAGAUAAAAAUACCGUCCAGCAAAUCAUAAAUUUGUUGAAUAAUUUGCUUUCAUUUGUCAUUCGACAUAUAUAGGAAAAGUAAAGACAUGCUUUUAGGCGCGUUUCCCGUCGGCGCCAAAUCCGGUGCGAAUUCAACUAACAACAAUAAAAAUGGUAAAUGCAGAUUUGUGCUGCUAUGCGGUGGUUAUAUUUUAUUUUUAGUCUUGGGAGCGGCGAUGUUUUCGGCGAUAGAAGCACCAAAAAUCGACGCCAUCUCGAAACGAGUGCAAAGUUUUCGAAAUCAGUUUUUGCAAAAUAAUGCUUGUUUAAAUGACGAAGAUCUCGAAGAAUUUCUCAACGCUGUGAUUACGGCUAACGAUCGCGGCAUAUCACCAUUGCGCAAUGCCACAAAUGAAAUGAACUGGAGCUUUGGUCAGGCAUUCUUCUUCUCCAGCACCGUGAUAACAACAAUCGGAUAUGGUCAUGUAACACCACUUAGCCAAACGGGAAAAAUAUUUUGCAUAAUUUAUGCGGCAAUUGGCAUUCCACUCACGUUGGUGUUAUUGAGCGCAAUGGUGGAGCGUCUAUUGGUACCGGCAAGCUGGUUGUUGGGCACUUUAAAUUCCAAAUUGGGUCAUCUCUAUCAGCCCUUCAAUAUACGUUUGCUGCAUCUGAGUAUUGUUGCUAUAAUUGUGAUUAUCGUAUUCUUCGCUAUACCAACGGCUAUUUUCGCUUAUAUCGAACCGACCUGGGGUGUUUUGGAUGCGUUCUACUAUUGUUUUAUUUCGCUGACAACUAUUGGCUUAGGCGAUUACAUUCCCGGCGACGGGGUAACCAUUGACAAUCGUUCGAUGUAUAAAAUAUUUAUAAGCUCUUACUUGAUAUGUGGUCUCAUUGCAAUGAUGUUUGUAUUGACAAUCUUCUAUGAUAUACCGCAAUUAAAUCUUGGUCAACUCUUCACUGAGAGCACAAAUGGUGAAACGGAGAAAUUGCGCUUAUCUAGCAACAAUACAACCUGCUAUUCCGGGCCAUCUGGUCUGUAUAUGCCACAUCGUGAUGAGGACACUAGGCGCGCGAUAGUACGUAUACGGCCACAUGGUGACGAUUCACCCAGUCCCGAUGAAGCACCGUCGUCGCUCAAUAGUGACAUGAGAGUGCCAUAGAGUGCAUGCAUAGACGGCAUAACUAUGGUGGGAUGUCAAUGAAACUGGAAUUAAAAACAAGUCACUUAUGAAGAGAGAACACUAUUAUAUCGUUGUCAAACCCACUGCAUAUCCACUAAAUGUUGAACAUCAUUACAAAAUAAUCGAUAGCAUAAAUCCUAGAAAUCCAGUCUACAAAUGUAUCUUGAAGUAAAUCACAGGUUGCACCAACUUUUGAGGAGGUUAUAAAAAAUUAUCGCUUUGAAUUACAAUUUUUAGGUACUUGUACAUAAAUUUUUCAGCUCAUAUCACGAAAAAAAAAAGAAAAACAACAAAGACAAAUCGUUCAAAUGUACAAAAUAAACAGCAUCCAUACCAAAAAUACCUAUUUAAAUUACUAAACUAAAUACUAUCUACUACACUAACAAAUAUUUAUAACAAUUAUCCUCUCACUUGCGAAUACCAUAAGAUCGAGAAUGUUGUAGAAAAAAUUUCAUAAACUCAUUAUGAAUCAGACUUCGCUAACUUGCAAGUGAUUACACAUUUCAAGCAUAAAUAUGGUACUAUUCACACUUUAUGGAAUAGCGUAGAGUAGAAUCAGCAAAGUAGACGAUGAUUAGCAAAAACCAUGUAUUUAUGUGCCUGCUUAACAAAAGGAGAAAACAUUGGAGGCAACCUUUUUUAGAAGAUCAACUUAUGAGUUCUAAAAAAAUAUUCAAGAAUUAUAUUAUAUUUUUCUAAUAUAAUUUUAGAUCAAUUAGGUGAACAAGGAUUAAUUCAUGGCAUCAAUAAUGAUAGUUAAAAAAAUCACAGUUUGCUCCAUCUGAUAUUUCUGUCUGGAGUGGUCUUGACGGAUAGUCUUUAGUAAGCAGACUGAAUUGCCUGUCGGCUAUUUUUUCUACUCAAAUUUCCAAUCGAUACCGAUCUAGUAUCAAAUAGAAUGCCGAGGAAAAUAUUGAAAAUACAUGUGGCGCACAUGGUAUACUAAAAGAAUUAAAAAUUGCAAGAUACAGUUGUGUGCGGCCAAAUUAGUUUGUGAUGAACAAGCUCAACAAUGCAACGAAUGCUGCAGUUGAAAGUGAGGAAUAAGAGGGUACAUAAACAGCAUAAACCCCUUAGCUAAGCUUAAACAAAUUUACAGUCUGUUGUAGAAAAGAACUCAAAUAGAGUGUGUACCAGAGAACUGCACCGG